AGAAAGAUCUUUGGAAUAUGCAUUUGUGGAAAUGAUUCAGUCUGUCGGUAGAAACCAAAGAAAUAAAGUAAUAACAUCGAAAAGCGAAUAGGUUGAAAGAUUAAAGGAAAGAAAUAUAAAACAUAAAAGCAAUUAGACGAAAUUUGAUUGGAUUGAUAGAAAGGAUAUCAACCGACAAUAAAACAAUUGGCACACGUACAAACUCGUGCUGCUUUGAGAAAAGAGUCUGACUCGUUGUUCUAGUUAAAGAUAGUUGAAUUAAGAAAAUUGCUCCAGCAAUGUGGAGCGCAGCGAAAGGUCCUACGAGACUGUGGAGGGACCUUCUCAUCAUCACUUUAGUUGUAACAUUAAGUCUUAAGUUAAGUUUAGCAUCAGCAUCAAAUGAAUUAUGGCCCUCGGAAAGGCCAAACGGUAUGCCAAAUAUAGUCUCGUUAGAGGUGAUGUGCGCAAAGGAUCACAUGGACGUUCAUAUGACAUUUUCACAUCCAUUCGAGGGUAUCGUGAGUUCUAAAGGUCAACAUAGUGAUCCUCGAUGUAUUUAUGUGCCACCGUCAACUGGAAAAACAUUUCACUCGUUCCGCAUCGCUUAUUCUCGCUGUGGCACAAAACCAGACUUGAAUGGGCAAUUCUAUGAGAAUACGGUCGUCGUCCAAUAUGAUAAAGAUUUACUUGAAGUAUGGGAUGAAGCCAAACGUUUACGUUGUGAAUGGUUUAAUGACUAUGAAAAAACAGCAUCAAAGCCGCCGAUGGUUAUUGCUGACUUGGAUGUUAUUCAACUUGACUUUAGAGGCGACAAUGUUGAUUGUUGGAUGGAGAUUCAACAUGGUAAGGGACCAUGGGCACCGCCCGUAAGUGGAAUCGUUCCAUUGGGUUCAACAUUAACUCUCGUUGUUGCGAUUAAUGAUUUCAGAGGCGAGUUCGACAUGAGAGUUAAAUCAUGCGCAGCAUCGGAUGGUGCUGGUCACGUUAUUAAACUCUCCGAUGAAUUCGGUUGUGUUCUUCGACCUAAAAUGAUUUCGAAAUUUUUGAAAGCUCGUGCACCUGAUGAGCGUGCUACGGUCAUAACUUACGCAUUCUUCCAUGCUUUUAAAUUCCCCGAUGCUUUGAGUGUGCACAUUAAAUGCAAAGUUGAGAUCUGUCGUCACGGAUGCUUGGAUCAUUGUCAGACCACUGGAACACCUGGCCACAUUGGUAACAGCUUGAUUGGAAAAAGUGGGUCUUCACAUGAAGGUUUACUUGAUCGCAAAGAUACUCUCAUUGGACCAUCUGAGAAUGAACAUCAAGAUAAUUCUCUUGGAGAUUCUGAUGAAGAUGAACAUGAAGAACAUCAUCAUGAUAUUUUCUAUGAUGAUAUUAUUCAUAAAUCAAGUGAUUACACCCCCAAUAAAAGAAGUAAGAAACCAGCACCAGUUUUCCAACAUGAUGUUGAAAGCGACAUGGAAGAUAUCGAAUCGUUGUUCUCUCAACAUAAGCAAUCACCUGAGUUAUUGAGAAAGCAAAACUAUCCACAAUCAUCGAAACAACGACAGGGUCAACCUUUGUCAGUGCAAUCGAAAAUGGACAGUGACAAAUUCCCACAUGGGCCUCGUCAAUUACAAUAUGCACAAAGCAGAACUGGCAUGCCGAUUGCAGGUCCACGUGCUUUAGAUCUUGAACAACUUGAGAAUGAACAGGAACAACAGAAGAUGCAAAAUCAGAAUUUGCAAUAUCGUAAACGUACAAAACGUUCUGUUAAAGUAACUGAUCGCAAAGCUCGAAGCGCUGAUGUUGGUGUCAGUGGAUUGUAUGAUGUAAUCUCUGAAGCCGAUCUUCAAUUCAGCCCGGAUACAAAGCAAGAAGCUGUAACUGUUUUCCAAGGAAAAAUAUCUGAAGAAGUUGUUUAUGGAAUUUGCAUGCCAGUUCAAGGCUUUAGCAUUAUUUUCAUUCUGGUUAUUUCUGCGACACUUGUGGCUGCACUCGUAGCUGGUUCUCUUUUGUACAAAUAUCAAUUACAGAAGGAAACUCUCGCACAACAGCAAGUUAAUGGCACAACAAUUUUCGGAUACAACACAUUAGCAAAUUGGAUGACGAUGAGACUUUUUCGGAUGAAACAUUCAACAAUGAAUCAACAACCGGGUGAACCGACACCAUCAACAUCUGGUGGAAGUCCGAGACAAAUGGAAACAAGACAAUAACAAGCAAAAUGAAUAACAUUUACCAAAUAAGACAAAAUCGAUACAUGCUGAGGUUGAGAGAAGCGGAGGAAAGCUUGAAAUAAUUUUUGAUAAACGUUAAAGUCAUGUCGGAUGAAGUUUUUUUAAGAAAGAAAAAAUGAAUGAGAAGAAAUUUGUAUUUUUGUGCAAUAAUUUAUAUCUUAUAUUAAUUAUCAAUACUUCGUUAGCAUGUAAGAACGAAUCAGUAAACAUAAGUCGAGCAUGCUGUGUGGCUCGAAUUAACAACAGCAACUUCCAAUCUCUUCCAAUACAUAACGUUGAUUGAAAUUCGUGCUUUGAUGUAGCUUUGGAUUUAAAUUAAUUUGAUUUUGUUCGAAUGAUUAAUUCAAGCGUGCAUUUCAUGUACUGAUGCAUUGCAUUUAAUUUUUCGAACAACUAAAAAAGAAAAACAAAAUUAAACAUUCAUUAAUUAUAAGUUUGAUUUCAUUUUAUUUAUUCAACAAAUAAUGCAAGAAUUAAAUAUUCGUCGUCGUUGCAGUUAUUAUUAAAAAAAUUUCUCUAAAGAAAACUCAAAAAUAUUUUUACUCUCCU